GGAAGCGAGAGGGAGUAGGUGGACGGCCUAGCGGGAGAGGGAAACUGUGACAGAGACAGAGUGAGAGCAAGAGGAGAAAGAGGAAGUCUGCGGGUGAGAGACAGAGUGUCGGAGCGCAAGGGAACGCAGCUGAAUCUGUCGGCGAUCCGGCGGGGUGAGGGAAAAGCGCCGGGCUUUUGAAAAAGUUUUAUCUUGCCGGCGCGCUCGGCCUUUCAGACGCUACCGAACACCGGUGCGCUGUUGUACGGUCCCUGCGUGUCCCGCGUUUGCCGACUCGAGGCCAAGUUUCGUACGUCCAAACUCCCCGUGGCUGGUGGCCCUCCUCCUCCUCCUCCUCCUCGUCGAGUCGGCUCGUGAAGGUCCGAAGAUUUCAAAGUGGCCUUGGAAAGGGGGACCGGUCGCGCGUUUCCACUCCACUCGUCAUGCGUUGACGAGAAGGUUUCCCAACCAACGAUCCAAGUGCACAGAGAAGAUAGAGCAACGCGAGUGGGCACGAUAGGAGAAGAACUGGGACGAACAGGUCCUCAUCAUGAGGGACUCUACCUUGCCGAGGGGCUGUCUGCUGUUGCUGAUGCUCGUUGCCGCCACUUUCCUCGUGGAUGCCGCCUCUCAAAAUGACGACUUAGUGUUUGACCAAGAUGGCAAGCAAUCUUUAGACGAGAUACCUUUGAUCGAGACACGCCAACAAGACUCCAUACUUCACAGGUUAAGAAGAGGAUUUUUAGAUUUUUUUAAUCCAACUACAUCUACUAAAACUUCAGAACCUGGAGAAAACAACGCGGACAAUGAGUUGGACAGCGAUCCUCUCGUUCCAACCAACGAUGACGAAUAUUUGGAAAAACCAGCCCAUGAUACUGCAGAUGAAUUCGAAGUCGAAGCCGAUGAGGACAAUGAAGUUGGAAAUGCCGCUGAAGGUCGAAGAGAAUCAGCAAAUUUUGGAAACACCGACGACGAAGAUCUUGCUGGAUCUGGAGAAAUGGAGGGCAGCGCUGACAUUGAUACGCGGUUGCAUAGCUUCGUACCAAUCAAAGAAGAGAGAAAAUAUUAUAGAAUAACAUUAACGGUUGGAGAACCAUUCAGAAGAGAAUAUGUGGAUAGGAAUAGCAGAGAAUACAAAGAGCUAAGUGGCAAUCUAACUCAACCUUUGGAAGAGUUGUUGAACCGUUAUAUUCCUAAUGAAAAUCAUCAUGCCAACGUUAUUAAAAUUUCGCCAACGUCCGACAGCUUCACAUCACAAGUUACCCUAGACAUCGGUUCGACGUUCACGGAUGAGAUGGAAGUGCGGAACGUCAUAGAGCAACAGCUGCACUUACAUUCGUUGGGCAACGUCCAAGUUCGACCAGAAGAAUUCUCGUUUAGAGUAUUCCAAGCUGGAGAAGAGAUAGAGGAACCGGAAUGCGACCAAUCGACCGAGAUAAAGUGUAAAGAUGGUACAUGCGUGCCGGUCGAAUGGCGAUGCGAUGGGAUUUCUAACUGUAAGGAUGGUUCUGACGAAGAAGGUUGCCCUGAAACGACGACACAUGUCAGCGAGGAUACCACAAAAUUUUAUGAGGAAAUAACUAAGGAAAUUAAAAAAGAGGAAGAUGUUAAAGAAGUAAAAUUAAGCAAAUGUCGCGCCGAUGACACUGUUCGUUGCAGCGAUGAAAGUCGUUACAUAUGCUCUGUACAGAAAUGUGACGGCGUCAAGGACUGCGAUGAUGGCGAUGAUGAAGUUGGUUGUCCCCAUCCAGGAUGCAGUCCUGGAGAAUUCGCCUGCGACGUAUCUAGAUGUAUACUCGAAUCGCAUCGAUGUAAUUUCAUAAAAGAAUGUGACGAUGGGAGUGACGAACAUGACUGCAGCUAUCCUGUUUGCACCGAGUCGCAAUUCAAAUGCAGGAACGAGCAGUGCGUUGACGGGAGCGCACGGUGCAACGGCGUGAACGAUUGUUUAGACUAUUCUGACGAGUUAAAUUGCCCUUGCGGAGAGGACCAAUUCGAAUGCACCCCGGGCGUUUGCAUAUCCAACUCGAAACGAUGCGAUGGCGUCAUGGAUUGUAACAAUGGAAAGGAUGAGGAAAAUUGUCAGAAAAUAAAUCGAUGUCGGUCAAACGAGUUCAAGUGCUUAGAUGGAAGUUGUGUGAGCCAAACCGCGAGAUGCGACGGAAGAUCUGAUUGCAGAGAUCGUUCUGACGAAUACAAUUGCACCGUGACCACCUGCAGCGGAGAUCAAUUCAGGUGUCUGGAUGGUACCUGUAUCAGCAUCGACAAAAGGUGUAAUCAGAACAUAGACUGUCGCAAUGGGGAGGACGAGAAGCAGUGUGGUUGCGGAGCGAACGAGUUUCGCUGCACGGACGGACGAUGCAUCGGUUACGAGUUGCAGUGCAACGGGAUGGAGGAGUGCUCAGACGGCUCUGACGAGAGGGACUGCGAUUUGGCCCCGUGCCCUUCUAUGGACUUCACCUGCAGCGACGGCUCUUGCAUAUUGAAGAGCUCGGUUUGCGACGGAUUCGACGACUGCCCACGGGCAGAAGACGAGCUUCACUGCGAACGGGAAUGCACACCUACCCAGUUCAAAUGUAUCACCGGGAACAAGUGCAUCGAGGGUAUCUACAGGUGCGACGGCCAACCGGAUUGUCCGGAUCAGAGCGACGAAGAUUGCGCUAACGAAACCAUUACACACGCCACUCCACCUAUCAGCCAGCCGUGGCCGGGCGGUGCAACCGAGAGCCCGAGGGAAUGCGAUCCGAGCAAGGAAAUGCGUUGCGACGACGGACAAUGCAUUCUGCUUCGACGCAAAUGCGACAAUAUCUUCGACUGCCUCGACGGCAGUGACGAGCGUGGUUGUGGUGUCUGCUCACCUGCCGAAUGGAAAUGUGCCAGUGGUGAAUGCAUAGCGGAAGUCGAGAGAUGCGACAAUGUUAUCCACUGUGCUGACGGAUCUGACGAGUUUGGAUGCGUAAGUGAAUGCCCAGCUGGAAUGUUUCGAUGCAACGACGGAUUGUGCCUGGACAAUAAGAGACGUUGCGAUGGUCGACCACAAUGUUCGGACGGCUCGGACGAAAUCAACUGCCAAUGUCCCGCUGGUCAAUUACCAUGUGACAACAAAGUGUGCAUCAACAAAAACUUCUUCUGCGAUCACAACAUCGAUUGUCACGAUGGGAGCGACGAACGCGAUUGCAAUAAUGGUGUGACUCAACCACCAAGAUGUCGCGAGGACGAGUUUACUUGUCGCGAUGGAACCUGCAUUCCGCAAUCAGCUUUCUGCGACGAACGACCCGACUGUCCUUACGCAGAAGACGAGGUCAACUGUCUUCAAGGUAAGAACACGUCGGAUAGAACCAACCUGGUAGGGCUAAUCCACGAGACUCAGGAUAACAAGGAUUACAAUCCGGAUUAUCAAGCGCCUGCUAAUCAGAGCACUCCAAGGAGUUGUGCUCCCGAUGAUUUUGUUUGUGCUGAUGGCACUUGCAUCCCUGAAACUCACCACUGCGACCAUUUCUACGAUUGCCGCGACUUUACCGACGAACAGUAUUGCUUCGGUUGUGGCAAAGACCAAUUCCAAUGCGCAGAUGGAAAUUGCAUUAGGAUUGAGGAUCAAUGUAAUGAUUAUAUUGAUUGUGCUGAUGGAUCUGAUGAAGAUGAUUGUGAUCAUGUUGGUUCCCAUCCAAUGCCUGGUCGUUGCCCAGCUGGUUUCAUCAUGUGCAUCAGAGACAAAGAUUGUGUACCUCAAUCUUCUCUCUGCAAUGGAAUACCAGAAUGUAGAGAUAGAUCUGAUGAAGAAUAUUGUACCACAGAACCGUCCAGUCUUAGCUUGAAGACUUAUCCAAGUGAGCAAGUGAUUAAAGAAAAUCCGGCGAAGCAAGGUCGCGAAGUUGUGUUUCAAUGUCGCGACGAAGGUCCUCUUCGGGCUAAAGUACGCUGGCUACGAGGAAAUAAUCUUCCUCUGCCAUCUGGAAGUCGAGAUAUCAAUGGACGUCUGGAAAUUCCAAAUAUCCAGUUGAAUCAUUCGGGAUCAUACAUUUGCGAGGCUGUUGAUUAUCCUCCAUCCACUCCUGGCCAACAAGUUAGCGUAUAUCUUACUGUAGAAAAAUUCGACCCACCAGCGACAAGCAGACCUCAUGUGUGUCAAUAUGACGAAGCUACUUGUAGCAACGGUGAAUGUAUUCCUAAGUCGUAUGUAUGCAACGAUAGAUUAGACUGUACUGAUGGUUCUGACGAAAUGCGUUGCAGCCCACACGGUUGCGAACCCAAUCAAUUCCGUUGCAACAACACUCAGUGUGUAAGUAAAUUAUGGCGUUGUGACGGUGAUAAAGAUUGUGCCGAUGGCAGCGAUGAAGAAAAUUGUGCCCCGAACAAACCAGGCUCUCCCUGUCGCUUCACAGAAUUUGCUUGUGCCAGUAAUAACCAGUGUAUACCUAAAAGUUACCAUUGCGACAUGGAAAAGGAUUGUUUAGAUGCUAGUGAUGAAAUAGGAUGUUCUCCAGUUUUUAUAGUGAAGCCACCUGUCCCUAUGAUUACACUGAAUGUAGGAGAAGUUUUAACAAUCACUUGUACAGCAAUUGGUGUGCCUACUCCUGAAAUCAAUUGGCGUCUUAAUUGGGGCCAUGUUCCUCCCAAAUGUACUAUGACAUCUAUAAAUGGAACUGGAACACUUACAUGUCCUAACAUUCAACCAGAAGAUCAAGGAGCUUAUUCUUGUGAAGGAUUGAACAAUGCUGGUUUCGUAUUCGCCAUACCUGACGCUAUCGUCAUGGUAAAUAAAUCUAUGAGAGACAUUUGUCCCAAAGGAAUGUUCAAUUCUGAAGCCAGAAAUCCAGACGAGUGCAUCUCCUGUUUCUGUUUCGGUGUCGCUACUGAAUGUCACAGUGCCAAUCUCUUCACUUAUCAUAUUCCUCCACCAAUGGAUCGCCACAAUAUCAUAGAAGUCAAAUUUCAACCAAACGUUCAAAUUCUAAAUGAUAUCACUGGACAGAUCUCAAUCCUGAGAAGUAUAGAUCGAAAUGGUGUACAAUUAUACCAACCAGAGUUACUAUCGAACAUCGAUACGGAACUUCCUUACUUUGCCCUACCUGAAACUUAUUAUGGGAAUCAAUUGAAAUCCUAUGGUGGUUACUUGAAAUACAGAGUACGUUUUAACGGAACUGGUGUAGCAAACACUGCACCAUCAGUUAUUCUAAGUGGAAACAAUUAUCAUCUAGUACAUAGAGGAAAGCAGUUAAUACCGAAUUAUGAUAACGAGGAGAUUGUCAGAUUUUUUCAAGGCGAGUGGUAUAAACAACAAGGAUGGAAUGAAGUUCUUGCUACAAGAGAGGAUAUCAUGAUGACGCUAGAGAAUGUGGACAAUAUUCUGAUUAAAGCACAGUAUGAUAAUUCUCCAUACUUGGAUAUCCGAAUUACUAAUAUAGUGAUGGACACAGCUGAUGUAAGAAAUACUGGACUUGGAUCAGCAUCUUAUGUCGAAGAAUGUGAAUGUCCUUCGGGAUAUACUGGUUUGUCAUGCGAGCAAUGUGCGCCUGGAUAUUUAAGACGACAGUCUGGUCCUUGGCUUGGACAAUGUUACAGAGAUGAACCACCAUGUUCUUCAGGAUAUUAUGGAGAUCCUUCGAGAAACAUUCCUUGUCAAAUGUGUCCUUGUCCACUCACCAAUCCAUCCAAUCAAUUUGCACGUACUUGUCAGCUUGGCUCAGAUGGUCAACCUACCUGCAAUUGUCCACCAGGAUACAUAGGUCGUAGAUGUGAACAAUGUGAUGUAGGAUACCAAGGAAAUCCCCUUAUUCCAGGAGAUAUGUGUAUUCCCGUAUCUCGUUGCGAUCCUGAUGGUAGCCUAAGUUUAGUUGCAGAUCCUAUUACUGGAAGAUGUCGGUGCAAGUUAUACGCCACGGGUCUUACUUGCAAUCAAUGCAAGGCAAACACAUUCAAUUUGGCAACGAAAAAUCAGUUUGGUUGUAUCAGCUGCUUUUGCAUGGGCAUUACUAAUAAAUGUGUUUCCUCCAAUUGGUAUAGAAACGACAUUCGAGUUUCUUUUACUAAUUCUAUCAGAGAUUUCUCUCUUAUCGAAUCUAAAAGUCCAGACACUUUACCAAUUGUAAAUGGUAUUCGUCUAGAUGCAGUUAAUCGUGAAAUUAUCUAUAGUGAUUUCCCUAAUCGCGGAAACAACGAUGUUUAUUAUUGGCAGUUGCCAAGUAUCUUUUUAGGCGAUCAAAUUACCUCGUACGGCGGAAACCUCAAAUAUACUGUUCGUUAUGUACCAUCACCAGGUGGUCAGAGCUCAAAGAAUAAUGCUGCUGACGUUGAAUUAAUUAGUGCGAAUGAUAUCAAUCUGUUAUAUUUUUCUCGAGAGUUUCCCGAGCCAAACACUCCACAAACAUUUACCGUUCCUCUCUUAGAACAAUAUUGGCAACGCAAUGAUGGAACACAAGCUGACAGAGAGCAUUUGCUAAUGGCCCUCGCUGAUGUUCGUGCAAUUAAAAUCAAGGCCACGUAUACUACUCAUACCGAUGAGGCUGCCUUAUCACUAGUAUCCCUAGAUACAGCUGAAAAAUACAAUACAGGAAAAGCUAGAGCGGUGGAAGUAGAAGAAUGCACUUGUCCAGUCGGUUAUAAAGGAUUAUCUUGCGAGGAUUGCGAUGUUGGCUACACUAGAGCAAGCGAAGGUCUCUAUUUGGGUAUUUGUGAACCUUGCAAUUGCAACGGUCAUUCCAACCAAUGCAAUCCUGAUACUGGAGUAUGCGAGAACUGUGCUCAUCAUACCACUGGUGAUUUUUGUGACAUUUGCGAGAGCGGAUAUGAGGGUGAUGCAACUCGAGGAACUCCUUAUGAUUGUACCUAUAGUACAGAACGACCUUGUAUGUGUAAUGAACUUGGUUCACGUAAUAGUGUAUGCAUCGGAAAUACGUGUGAUUGUAAACGGAAUGUUGAAGGAUCUCAAUGUAAUAGAUGUCGUUCAGGUACAUUUGGACUAUCCGCGGAAAAUCCGAAUGGGUGCAAUGAAUGUUAUUGUAGUGGAUUAACCGAUCAAUGUCACGAAAGUUCUCUGUAUGUUCAGCAAAUACCUAUGUGGGUUUAUGAUAACCAACAUGGUUUCACUUUAACAGAUUCGUCGAGACAAGAAAUCAUAGAUGAUGGUUUCGAAUUAAAUUUUGCUACGAAUGAAAUAGGAUAUCGUUAUCCAGAUAGCAGAGGACGCAGAUUAUUCUGGUCCUUGCCAGCUAUUUUCACUGGCAAUAAAGUCAAAAGUUAUGGUGGCAAUCUAACAUUGACUCAACACAUUACUGCUUAUUCUGGUGCUCAAAGUUACAAGGACCAAGAUAUUAUAUUAAUUGGAAAUGGGAUCACUUUAUUCUGGACAAAUCCUACUGAAAUUCAACCUGAUAUACCAUUAACCUAUUCGGUACCGUUUAGAGAAUCGGAAUGGAAACGUUUGACUACUGAAGGACCUCGUGUUACAUCGAGAAUCGAUCUAAUGACAGUGCUAUCUAAUUUGGAAGCAAUUUUGGUUCGUGCAACACAUAGUGAAUGGAUGACAGCUACUUAUAUCAGCGACAUAAGUCUGGAUACAGCUGUAGAGCAUCAAACUGGUAAUAAGAGAGCGAUUCAAGUGGAAGUUUGUCGUUGUCCUACUGGUUAUAUAGGAACAUCCUGUGAAUCCUGUGCCAGAGGUUAUUAUAGAGAUACUAAUGAUCGAUCUAUCAGCUACUUAGGUUCCUGCAUUCCAUGCCCUUGCAACAACAAUGAAGAAAGCUGUGAGAUGACACGAAUAGGUCAAGUGAAAUGUCAUUGUCAACCAGGAUAUGUGGGCCAGUAUUGUCAAGAUAAUGGUGAACUGAUGGUAAGUCUAACGCCAAUGACGGGUGAAGUAAAGGCAAACUCGUGGGUUCUGUUCACGUGCAGUUACAAGUUCUCAAACCCGUUGUAUAUCUCUUUUACAAUGAGUUCAUGUGAUGGCUAUCCCGUAACCGCGACUGCCUUCGAGCCGGGAUCUUUCAAAACAACAAACGAAUCGUUGAGGACCUGGUAUGUUUACGUCCGACAACAUCCUUUCAAUGUGGAAUGCUGCAUCUCGGAUCUGAACGGAAAAGAGUUAAUCAAAGUUGUGUCGACAGUCUUACCAGAAGGUACUACUACAUCAACCACUACAUUUCCUAUUACUCCACCAAAAAUUUUGAUUUAUAUUAGAGGACCAGAAUUCCAAAUAAUUGAAACAGGAAGCACUGUUAGAUAUCAUUGCUCUGGAACGUCUGUAGAUAAUGGAUCUUUGUAUAUCAAAUGGGAGAAAGAAGGCGGUCAACUACCACCAGGAAGAAGUGUAGAUGAUAAUCAUGGUUUAUUAGUUAUUCGAGACGUGAAAGUAUCUGAUAGCGGUAUUUAUGUUUGUCAAGUCAGUGAUGGAGUACACAUUGGUUACAAAAAUGUUACUCUCACUGUUGGAGCUUUUCCACAAAGUUUAUUGGAUAUUCCAGCUGCACCAAGGACUAUUGUCAUACCGCCAUCUCUACAAGUAGUAGAAGGACAUUCUGCGGAAUUCCGUUGCGAAGCCAGCGGAAAUCCACCGCCACAAAUUGAAUGGAUUCGUGUUCAUGGUCCCAUGAAUCCGGAAGUUAUAGUUUACAAUGGAGCGUGGAUUCUAAAAGCUGUCUCGAAAAGCGAUGCUGCCGAAUAUAAAUGCGUAGCAAGAAACAAUGUUGGCAUAGAUGAAAGAACUGUUAUUCUCUACGUUGAAGAUAAUCUCGAAACUCCACCAUCAGAUUCAAUACCACCUACCAUAACUCCUCCACAAUGGAUUGGAUCAGUUGGAGAUACAAUCGUGAUAACUUGCAUCCCAUCUCUAGACGCCAAUAUUACUUGGACCCGAGAAAGAAAUAUUCCAUUACCUCCUACAGCCAAUCAACGCGAUGGUAUUUUAACAAUUGUAAAUCCAACCACGUACGAUUCUGGUAUCUACAUAUGCACUGCAAUCAGCUAUAUAGGAACAGUAGCUCAUAAAACCAUCAACAUAACAGUAACAUCUAGAAGACCUUUGCCAACUGUUAAAGUAACACCUGAAAAACAAACUGUUCCUCAAGGUAGUAUAGCUGAAAUAAAGUGUUUUACAACUGGAGAACCUGGUAUACAAGUAAAAUGGAGUAAAUAUCUUGAACAAAUGAGCCCUAAUGUGCAACAAAUUGGAGAUACUUUGAGAAUUGCUAAUAUCCAGAUUGCUGACCGUGGUGUCUACGUCUGUCGCGUCACGGGAUCAAGUGGAAGUCACGAAGCUAGCGCUAUUAUUGAAGUUGAACCGAGAGAACCUCCAUUGGUAGAGAUUUAUCCCAAAAACGUCCCUCCAGUUACUCUGGGUGGAUCCACAGAUCUUCAAUGUCGAGCAAUUGCUGGAAUCCCUAUACCAGUGCUACAAUGGUCCCAUGAAGAUGGCCGACCGUUUGCUCCUAAUAUUAAACAACUUCCUGGAGGUGUUCUAAGGCUUUCCAAUAUCACAACUAAUGAUGGAGGUUCUUAUGUUUGUUCUGCUGUCAAUUCCGUUGGUUCAAAUUCUGCAACUGUAUAUAUAGAAGUUCAAUCUGUGCCUGUUAUUUUAAUAACACCUAAAUCUGGAAUUUUAACUGUGAAACCUGGAGAUAGGAUACGGCUAGUUUGUAGUGCAACCGGAUAUCCGCAACCUACAGUUGCUUGGAGUAAACACAUGAACGUAGUACCACUUACAACAAACGAAGUAAUUGAUACCCCUCAAAAAGCUGUUUACGAAAUAUAUUCCGCAUCUCCGAAUGACGAAGGUUCAUAUACCUGCCACGCAAAUAACGCAGCAGGAAUUGUCGAAGAACGCGUCUAUAUCAGAGUAGAAGAUUCAGAAGUUUAUCCACCUUGCAGAGGCGAUGUUCCUUGUCCUGAUACUACAAGUGAUGACUCCAUACCAAAAGAUUAUCUUAGAAUUCCCAAUGGAGGCAAAGUAGAAAUGCGUUGCCAUGUGCAUGAUAAUGAUGGAAAUCAUAUUUAUCUAGAUUGGAAGAGAACAGACCAUAGAGCUUUGCCAAAUGGUAGUUCUGUUCACAAUGGUGUACUAAUUAUUCCAGCUGUAGAUAAGAGUGCUGCAGGAGAAUAUGUUUGUUCUGGAAUGGAUCAAGCCGGCAAUCUUCUCUUUAAAGCUAAAUCUCAUCUCGAAGUAUUAUCUCCACCCAGGAUUGUAUUAAUUCCACCCAGACAAACUGUUCGUUCUGGAGAAAGUCCGUCAAUCGAAUGUCGUACAACUGGAGAUGAACCCAUGACUAUAGAAUGGAAUGCUAUCGGGCGUUCCUUACCUUAUUCAGUGACCCACAAUCGUGGACUCCUUCAAUUUCAUGGAAUCACUUAUUCUGAUGCUGGAAAAUAUGUUUGUAAAGCUACUAACGAUGCAGGAACUGCUGAAGCUGUCGCUGAAGUUCUGGUGAAUGAACAUCCUUAUGAAAAUACAGAAGUCAAAGCUGCUCAAAGAGAUAUAGUCACAUACGUAGGACAACCUGUGCGUUUACGAUGUAUGGUUAGAGAAAGAGCUACUAUACACUGGGUCAGAGAUGGACAAUCAUUGCCAUCUAAUGUCAGAAUAGAAGAAGAUUAUUUAGAGCUACCUAGAGUAAGACCAGAAGACAGUGGAAGAUACAUUUGCCAAAUACAAACCUCUCAUGGAGUUUCCAGUGACUAUAUUAAUUUAAACGUCUCGCAUUGCAUGCGUGUGAACCAAACGCAGUACAGGCAAAACAAUUGUAUGUGCGGCAUUCAAGGAUGCUUUCUAUUGGAUUACUAUUGCAACGUCAAUCCUCUCUUCUCUGGUUAUAACUGCUACUUCAACAGCAAACGGUGGAUUCGCCACUAUCUUCAAAAUCGAGGCGCUACUCCGAUACCUGCAGUCAGUGUAGAAGUCUCUCAAGAUCCAGUGAAUAUCGGAGAUACCAUUGAUAUACGUUGUGCUUGUUCUGGAACUCAUAAUCCACGUUAUCAUUGGUCCAGACCUAACCAUCUCAGCCUACCAGAAAAUGCUCAAGAAUAUGGAAAUAUUCUGAGAUUAUCUAAUGUGGCUGUUAGUGAUAGUGGAUUAUAUAGAUGUACUGCUGAUACUCCUGAAGGUGUUUUCAAACAGGACUUCAAUCUUGUUGUACAUGGUGGAAAUAAUGAUGCACCAGCAAUUGAAACCAAAUAUGCUCCUUAUGGAUCUAGCUUAGAAAUGGAUUGCCGUCCUAAUAUUGAUCCACCAAUGAAAUUUCAUUGGAGUAAAUUGGGAGGUUAUCUGCCAUCUGAUGCUCAGAUUUUCGAGAGUAAAUUGAAACUAAUCAAUGUCAAAACAGAGGAUGCAGGAACUUAUAUCUGCAGUGUAAAUAACAAUCAUGAAAAUAUAGAAAUACCCACAGUGCUUGUGGUAACAGGAGUUGUCCCAUAUUUCAGUCAGGCUCCUCGAAGUUUUAUUGCCUUAUCUCCAUUACGUGAUUCCUAUCUAAAAUUUAAUAUCGAAAUCUCUUUCAAACCUCAAAGUUAUGAUGGUAUAAUCUUGUAUAAUGAUGAAUCUAGUAGUGGAAAUGGUGAUUUUGUUUUAUUAUCACUUGUUAGAGGCUAUCCACAAUUCAGCUUCAAUCUCGGUUCUGGACCAGCUAUCAUUCGAGCAGAUAAAUCUGUAACACUUGGAGAAUGGCAUACCAUAAAACUUCAACGCAAUAGAAAAGAAGGAACUAUGUUAGUUGAUGGUGAAGGUCCUUAUAAAGGUGUCGCAGUUGGCAAAAAACAAGGAUUAGACUUGAAAGCGCUAUUGUUUAUCGGUGGAGUUCCCAGUGAUAAUAUAAUAACUCAAUAUGCAGAAAUUAAUAGUGGUUUUGUUGGCUGUAUCAGCAGAUUGAUAAUUGGAGAAAAAGAAAUAGAUUUGAUUGGUGAUCAAACUGAUAGUGUUGGAAUCACUAAUUGUGAAACUUGUGCUGAAAAUCCUUGCAACAAUGGUGGUGUAUGUCAAGAAGCUGCUACAAAAAAUGGAUAUCUUUGUCUAUGUCGUGCUGGUUAUAGUGGAAAACAUUGUGAUUAUAUUGGCCAGUCCUGUUAUCCAGGUGCUUGUGGUGAAGGCAAUUGCGUAAACAAGGAAACUGGCUUCGAAUGUUAUUGUCCUCCCGGAAGAACCGGCUCUCGUUGUGAGAACUCGAUAAAAAUCUACGAACCAGCCUUCCAUGACGAUAAAUCCUUUAUAGCACAUGAAACACCAAAAGCUCUCAGACGGGCGAGAAUGAACCCGAUCAAAACAUACGGUCGAUUAAGAGCACGCAACGCACAAGUUAGAAAGCCACGAUCAAGGCCACAUCACCACAAUAAGCUGCACCACACGAAACAUUAGUCCUUUUUUCACAAUCAAACUUUUUUGAUGCACAUAAUGAUAGAAAAA